GAGUUUAUCUGUCAAACUAGGAAGAAUUUCAAAUGUCAGAGCCUAGUUCAAGGAUGUUCCUCUUUCAGGUGAAAGUUCGUAUUUUAUGUGAUAAGACUCUCAGAGAAAGUGUGCAAGGCUGGAAAAUGAAAUGCAGGUGAAGUUUGGUACAUUUCUUUUUGUUUUAGUCUUACGGUCUUACUCAUUUGCGUGAUAGUUUCUCAAGUUAGUUAGGUUCUUUUGAUCUUACUAUUCAACAUGACUUUAAAGAGUGAAGAGAAGAACGUGCAGUUGGAAUUUAUUUUAAAAUCCCUACUCGCUGGUGGGGUUGCUGGAAUGGUUUCGAAAACAACUGUUGCUCCUCUGGAUCGUAUCAAGAUCCUGCUGCAGGCACAUAACAACCAUUACAAACAUUUAGGUGUUUUUUCUGGACUAAAGGAGAUAGUAAAACGAGAACAGUUUAUAGCUUUAUACAAAGGCAAUGGAGCGCAAAUGGUUAGAAUAUUUCCAUACGCUGCCACCCAGUUUACAGCUUAUGAAAUAUACAAAAAAUGGAGUGAGGUAGCGUUGGGAUCAAACUCUCACAUCGGGAAAUUCCUGUCAGGUUCGGCCGCGGGGGUGACAGCUGUUCUGUUUACAUACCCUCUGGACACAAUCCGAGCGAGGUUGGCGUUUCAAGUGACGGGGGAACACGUUUAUACCGGUAUUGUACACACAGGACUCUCCAUGUACCACCAGGAGGGGGGAAUGCGUGCCUUGUACCGAGGGCUGUUGCCCACCCUCUGUGGAAUGGUGCCAUAUGCAGGCUUCUCAUUCUACUGUUUUGAAAUGAUGAAGUAUUGCUGUAUGAAAUACUUGCCUCAGUACACUUGCUCGCCUUGCUCUAGGAAUACAGGUGGCCUAGUCCUGUCCUUGCCAGCCAAGCUGUGUUGUGGAGCGUUGGCAGGGGCUGUCGCGCAGAGUUUCUCAUAUCCCAUGGACGUCACUCGCAGACGCAUGCAGCUAGCCAUGAUGAGCCCAGAAACUCAAAAGUUUGCGAUGGGAAUGGUGAAGACUCUUGUGUUUAUCUACAAAGACAAUGGUAUGAUUCGAGGCCUCUACCGGGGAAUGAGCAUCAACUACAUCCGAGCCAUUCCGAUGGUGUCCGUCUCGUUCACAACUUACGAACUGAUGAAGCAAGCCCUUCAACUCGACACUGGCAUAAAGAUUUCAACUUCGUGAAACUUUGAAGACCCAGUCUGUGUUUCAUGUUUUAGGUUUAAGUGAGGCUUUAGGCCGGUCAGUAGGAACAGUUCAAUAGGAAAUUGGCCUUACACUAGCACUCACACAGAAAGGUGACUCAUGUAAUUUCUGUAGCUUAAAACUGCUAAAUGUUGCUAGUUCCGCUACAGUUAUGUUAUUUAAUACAGAUUAUAGAGUAAAUAAAGUGUUACCUCUUGGCAAACUACAAGACCUUUGCUAAAGACAAAGACAAAUUUACCUGUGUAACUGUGUUUACCUUAACCUUCAUAUAGUAUUAUUUAGAUAAAGCUUUCUAGUUUCAACUUGCACAAGAUACAAUAGCUAUUUCAAGGGUGAUUAUGGGAAUUGUCUUGAUCGGGGUUUGGAAAAUAUAUCCCCCUUUUUAUUUUGUUAGCGUACACUUUAU